UUUCAAUUUUGAGAUGGACCGAAAGAAAUUGAACAUUCUUUUUUUAAAAUCUUUGGAGCUCCGAUGAGGGAACAAGAUCCUGUUGAAAACUCCACCAUUAACAAUUCCUUCCGAUCCUCAAAUUCCCAUUUUCGACGUUGUUCAAAUCUGAUUAAGCAACGACGAGAAACAGACGAUGGUGGACCAUUGACCCUGAGAUUUCGGUUUUUCCGUUUGAUUUUAAUCGGAGAAAGAAGAAGUUUCAAUUUCAAUUGCUUUCUUGUUGGAUGAAUCGCCUCAACUGUUUUCUCUCUGGGAUUGGACAAUGUCGAUGUCAUUUUUCUCCUUGAUUUUUGUCGUUGCAUAAAUUGUUCAACGUUUAUGCAUCGAAAUGGAUAGCAACACAAAAUACGUUGAAUUGCAAUCCCAGAUUGAUGUUCAAACUCCCAGAUCGGCUGCUCCGAAUCAUUCUAAUGAUCGAUUCGAUGAUCUUGAGUUUGAUGUCAAUUUCCAUCCGCUUAUCACUGGGGAGGCUCGAGGUGGAUCGGGGAUGGCCGGGGCUGUUUUUAACCUAACGACUACGAUUGUUGGAGCUGGGAUUAUGGCUCUACCUGCCACCAUGAAAGUUCUUGGAGUGGUUUCCGGGUUAGUUUUGAUAGUUUUGAUUGGUAUUUUAUCUGAGUUUAGCGUUGAAUUGUUAGUGAGAUUUAUGGUUAUAUCCAAGUCUUCGUCAUAUGGGGAGGUUGUUCAGUGUGCAUUUGGGAAAUCCAUGAAGGUCCUGACUGAAAUCUGUAUAAUUGUGAACAAUGCUGGUAUUUUGGUUGUUUAUUUGAUUAUUAUGGGGGAUGUUAUGUCUGGUUCUGUUCGUCAUAUUGGGGUUUUUGAUCAGUGGUUAGGACAUGGAUUUUGGGAUCAUAGGAAGCUUCUGGUUUUGGUUGUUUUGGUUGUUUUUCUAGCACCCCUUUGUGCUUUGAAUAAGAUCGACUCCUUGAGCUUGACGUCGGCUGCUUCGGUCGCGCUCGCAGUCGUCUUUGUUAUUAUUGCUUGUGCCAUAGCAUUGAUUAAGCUUUUUGAAGGGCAAAUUGAGCCUCCAAGAAUGAGUCCUGAUUUUGGAUCGAAGGAGGCGAUCUUAGACCUCCUUGUGGUGGUUCCAAUUAUGACCAAUGCUUAUGUUUGCCAUUUCAAUGUCCCGCCGAUAUACAACGAGCUCGAAGCACGGUCUCCACAGAGGAUGAAUACGGUUGGGAGGAUCACAACUGCUAUAUGCAUUGUAGUUUAUGCUUUGACUGCCAUAUCUGGUUAUUUACUCUUUGAGAACGAUACCGAGGCAGACGUGCUGACCAACUUCGACAGAGACUUGGGAAUUCGAUUCAGCUCCGCAUUAAAUUAUAUUGUUCGAGUUGGUUAUGUUCUUCAUUUAGUUUUUGUUUUUCCAGUUGCUCAUUUCUCGUUACGACAAACAGUCGACACCUUAGUAUUCGAGGGAUCAGCACCACUUGCAGAGAGCAGGAAGAGGUCUUUGGCCUUGACAGUAGUUUUGUUGGCGCUGAUUUAUAUGGGUUCAACCAUGAUUCCUAACAUUUGGAUGGCCUUUAAGUUUACAGGGGCAACAACAGCAGUGUCGCUGGGCUUCAUAUUACCCUCAGUUAUUGCCUUAAAGCUAUGCAAGCAGAGUGGGCAUAGGAGCUUGAACGCAACAGAGAAGCUCAUAUCAUGGUUUAUGCUAGUUAUGGCUGUCAUUGUUGGUAUCCUUGGAUUGAUUGGAAAUGUUUACAGCUUAAGCAAUCAGUCCCAGUAACUCAUUUUUCAGUACUCUAAGAGUAGAUUUUUGCAUAAUACUUUACCGAUUCUUCUGAGCUAGUUUUAUUUGGCGCGGUCGUAACGUCCACGCCUGCAUCGCCAAUGGCUUGACUUGAGGUAUGAAAAGGAUAGUUUUGUUUUAUAGCAGCAUUGCUGGAGAGUUAUGUGAUACUACAGAGCUGCUGCAAUUUUGCAGAAGUGAGUGAAUCUCUCUUAUGAAUGUUCAUCUUGUAAGGAAUUAAGUUCCAUUUGGUCCAUAUUGCAUCUAAUGGAAUGAUCAUUUUACUACAAUAUGAAAGAUUGAGCCCUUGGGACGUAAAUUUACUGUUGUUAAAUGCAAACUCUACUCUUUCUGAUCAAACAAUUUGAAAGGUAUGUAGUUUACAAUCUUGAAACAUAUAACUUUCUCUAGCCUGAUCCCAGAAAAUGCAUGUUACAUUGAAAGAA